GUAAUAUUCGAUACCUGUCGAAAACCUCCCAACCGUAUCACCUUACCUGCCGGAGAAACCCAUUGGGAUACAAAGCAUGUCAUAAAGGGGAAAACAGGUUCUCAUCUGCACUGCGAGGGACUGUCAAUCAGGUCCGACCUUCCAACCGAACAGACCACAGUGUCAAUCACAGGAUGUGGUGUUUCCGAGCAGUGUCUUGCCUCUUGCUGUCAAUCAUGUCAGCGAGGGGCGUGGCCUCAGAGUGCAAGAUGGCAGAUGAAGAGUGCGAAUUCGUUCUUGUCAUUGACAAACGCCUCACAAUGAUGAAAGGGUCCGAGGCCGUUUUCCCCGAGGGAGGGAAUCUGUAUAAGUAUAACGUUGACAAUACGUCAGCUGCUACUCCAGAGACAUCCAUUGGAGUCAUCCAGGCAGACGGCUUCGAACCACAGCGAGUCGUAACCGUGGCCAAUGGCUCCAUGCCCGGGCCUGCUAUCGAGGUCUAUGAAGGUCAAACUGUAAUCGUCCAUGUUAAAAAUCACCUCCACAACGAAGGAUUGUCCAUCCACUGGCACGGACUUCAUCAACAAGGUACGCCAUAUAUGGACGGUGUGGCCUUCAUAACGCAGUGUCCUAUACUUCCGGGUCAAGAGUUCACCUACAAGUUCAAGGCCAAACCCAAGGGCACAUUCUGGUAUCAUUCUCAUAUGGGCAACCAGAGGACCAUGGGGCUUCUAGGCCCGCUGAUCAUCAGAGAGAAGAAACCACUGGUGAUGGAAGAAAUGGUAAUGGUGCUACAAGACUGGAACCACGACGACUCAAUGGCCGACCUUCUGAAAAUGAUGUUUGGAUCAUUCAAAAACAGACAAAAGGUUCCAACUACGGAUUCUCUUGACGGCUCCCAUUUCAGCCGAUAUGCAAUGUUGAGUGGGCUAAUCAACGGAAAGGGACGACUCUAUCAUAAAGACGGAAAGCAUAACGGAGCCCCUCUUACAACCUUCGAUGUUAAACCAAACACACAGUACAGGUUCCGGGUCAUCGCCGCUGGCCACCUCUACCCAUUCCGGGUGUCCGUGCACGGUCACGAACUGACCAUUGUGGCGUCCGACGGGUAUGACCUACGUCCAGAAGUCGCAGAGUCCUUCAUCAUCAACCCUGGUGAGAGAAUCGACUUCAUCCUCAACACCACGAACGCAGUGGACAACUACUGGAUUCGGGCACAAACUCUCGAGAAAGGUGUGGACCACAGAGCUGAAGCUAUUCUCAGAUACGAAGGCGCGUCUGAAGCAGAGCCAACCUCAGUCAGAAGAACAUGCUCGGUUGUCAAUCCAUGCCGUGUCAUCAACUGUCCCUUCACAUACUACCCAAUGCAGCAUACCCAAUGCCUCCGGUUCGACCAGCUCAAAUCUUUGGCUGAUGAUGACCCCGCUCCCAUGGUGACAGCUGGGAAGUUCAAGGAACACUUCCUCAAUUAUGCUUUCCCUGGCACAAAAGAAUAUCCGGGACAGGUCAACGGCCGGGCAUUCGUGAUGCCAAGUGUGGCUGCUUUGACGCAGCCGGAUGAGAUACACACUACGUGUGACAAGGAGGACUGUGGUGAGGAGAGGACGUGCCACUGCACCUACAAGCUGGAUCUAACAUACGGAGACACUGUUCAGAUGGUCCUCCUCAACUUGGGAAACGGGAAGGGUUGGUCUCAUCCAGUUCAUCUCCAUGGCCAUUCCUUCUACGUGCUUAAGAUGGGCUAUGCGCAAUACAACGCCUCCAACGGGCAGGUCAUAGGCGAUAACAUUGAUAUUGAUUGUCACAACGUCAGUCACAACUUCUGUAAUUCGCCAACUUGGGCCAACUCAUCGUGGACGGGGGAUAACAUACCUGGCCUGGAGCUGAAGAACCCACCGCGGAAGGAUACCAUUAUAGUGCCAACUGGUGGUUAUGCGGUUGUGAGAAUCCGCGCUGACAAUCCUGGACUGUGGUUCAUGCAUUGCCACAUUGAGAUGCACAGUGCUGACGGGAUGGCGAUGAUGAUCAACGAGGCUCAGGACCAUCAUCCUGCUCCGCCGGAUAACUUCCCGAAAUGCGGGAGCUUCGGCCCUAAAAUUACGUUUAGCAAAAAUAAUGAAAGAGGGGAAAUCGAGAAAGAGAGCAAGGAAGAAAACAAAAUGGUACGGCAUGACUUGUUCUGGACUGUGGUCGGCUGCCUGAUCGGGGUGUGCGCACUUCAGUUCCUCAUCCUGCUGUGCAUGUGCUGCCGGCGAUGCGAGGGGUCGGGCCGGGAGAAAUACAACAUGGAGCCAACAUUUACCCCUAACCCACAGGAAAACAAGGGAUACCUAAAGUAUUAAAUGUCGAAGGUGUACACGUCAGGCGAGAUCAGGAAUUUACAAUUCACGCAACCACCUAUCCUGCGUCCCCUAUUGACUGAGUGUACCUCAGCUUACACCGGAAGUGAACAUGAAGGAUGAAUUGGAUUUUUAAAAUUUCCUUACAUACCUUAGAGUCUACUGUGUAUACUGAGGUCAUACUGAGUAAGGAUAUUGUUUCGAUCAUUUAACCAAAACAUGCAAUUGUUUUCAGUGAAAGAAGAAAGCGAACAAGGUAAUUUCACAACACAUUUUCUACAGGAUAUGCAGCUCUUAGCGAAACAAGAUAUCUUUUCAAAACAAGAAUUCCAGGAUAACUGCCAUCCCCCAAAUAUUAACAUCAACCACGCAAAUACAUAAACAACAUCAGUGUUUUUAAGGUGCAAUGGAUGUUUGUUCUUUUAUACGUUAGCAGGAAAUAUGUCACUCACGAUUCUCUGUUAUAUACAUUUCUAUGUAUUCAUUCGCUCAUUCACUCAUAUAUUAAGUAUGUAAGCCAUACAAUUUAUAGGUAUUUUUAUAUUUUUUACCAAUCAUUGUACUCUGAAUGUGUUGAUUUUAGAAGCGUUGAUUGUGCAUUUUUCAGAUUGUUAUUUGUAUGCGUAUUUCUUAACUUCAUACGCGUAAGUGCUAAUAUACGGGAAAUACGAGAUGAGUGUGUAUGGUUUUACGCCGCUCUUAACAAUAUCUUCGGCGUGACGAGCGAACGCUUUAACCACUAGGCUAUAGGCCCCGAAAUACGAGAUGUACCCCACAUGAAUGGUACAACAGGGAUACGAGAUGGACUCCGUACGUGAAUGUCCUGCAAGGUCGUCAGCAACACACGAUACAUGUGUACUGUCUAAGGCGCCGCAUUUCGUUGUACGGACUUCUGUCAUCUUAAGCGUGCCAGGUACCUGUGUCUGUGGGUUCGAAUCUGUUAUGGUUCUAGUUUGUACACUUGUUUCAGGUUCCCUCUCACGUCAAGCCGACACACCGUGAUAAAACUGUAAUACUCUUAAAAGGGUCGUCAGUGCAAGCUCACUCACUCACUCACGUGAUCUUAUUUAGAUUGGAUUUAUCUUGAUGUAUUUGUAUAUGUACGGUCAUAGAUAUAUAGUUUUACACUCUACAGUAGAUGCUUUGUGUUACAUACAGUGUAAGUCAUGAUGAUCGAUACUGCACACGCGCUUAACUUCAGCUCCCUUUGGAGACUAACUCUAAGUUAGAUACGAUUUCUCCAGAUUUAUAUAUACAGUAAUAAAGAUAUAGUUUUACACUA